UCGUUUAGGUUGUGUGUUACCGUUUUAUUUUUUUUGUUUUUACAAAUUUACACGCCUGUUGACUCGACGUUGAGUUAAAAUGGGUCGCUCGCCGAGCCCCAGGCGGCGUGACGACAGGCGAGACCGUCGGGACCGCGAUCGAGAUAGAGGCGAAAGGCGGAGGCAGAGGACCCGGUCACGCUCGCGAUCUCUUGACCGCCGAAGACGGUCCCCGGAGCGUCGAAGAUCCCCGUCGCCAAGAAGACGACGAUCUCGCUCCAUAUCUCCUACGCCAACAUCGUCCUUCGUGCCGAAACCUAAGAAGAACUUCGGCGAGCGACCAAUUGUAACCCCGGCCGAUUUGGAGGGAAAAACCCCCGAGGAGCAGGAAAUGCUUAAAGUCAUGGGUUUCUGCGGCUUCGACACAACUAAAGGUAAGAAAAUCGACGGUAACGUCGAAGGUGACGUGCACGUUGUUUUAAAAAGAAAAUACAGGCAGUACAUGAACAGGAAAGGCGGGUUUAACAGGCCGUUGGAUUUUGUAGCGUAACUGUAAUGCACAACCUAUUUAUGCGACGCUGGAUAGACCUGCAGGGUCGUUGUGAUACUAGUUGUUUAAAGCUUGUUACGUGAACCCAUUGUUACCUCACAAGAGUAUAGUUUAAAUGUUACAUUUCUUAAUGUAAUUAUUGUUUCAUACAUCAACGCAAACUGUUUUGGUCAAUAUUUUAGUCAUAGACUUAUUUUGAUAUAAUGGAAGUAACAGAAGAACUGUGCUAAAAGUACUUGGGAUGGACCAAUCUGUGUUCUUUCUUUCUGCAAUUCUACAGCAGUAAUCCAUUUUGACAUGAUAUUAAGCAUUCAUAUGUAAAGAAAAAUAAUAAAAAUUGAUAAUACCUCCAAGUGUAGGUAAAAACACUAAUAAAAAUAAUAAAAUCAUAUGUAAAGAGUGUAAAAUUUUGCAUAUUUUAAAAACUGAACUAGUAUAAAAAGAGUAAUUCCAAUUUCAAUCAAUAAUAAAGGUUCUCAUUUGUCUGUGAUUAAAACAUUGAUCUUAGCUUUUGCUUGUCUCACAGCUUUCUCUGCCACCCACUGAUUAAAAUCCAGUUAAGUAUACAAUGAUCUAAACUCAUAGAAAUGGUCAAGAGACAA